AUGGCAGAAGUCCUACUAACACCUCAAAACCUCGUCAGCUGCCCAGUCUGUCUGGAUCUGCUGAAGGAUCCGGUGGCUAUUCCCUGUGGACACAGUUUUUGUCGGAACUGUAUUAAUGACUGCUGGGAUCAGGAAGAUCAGAAGGGAUCCUACAGCUGCCCUCAGUGCAGACACACCUUCACUCCAAGACCGGAUCUCAACAAGAACACCAUGCUGGCUGAACUGGCUGACACACUGAAGAAGACAAAACUCCAAGAUGCUCCUCCUGUUGACUCCUGUGUUGGACCUGGAGAUGUGGAGUGUGAUGUCUGCACUGGAAGAAAACACAAAGCCGUCAAGUCCUGUCUGGUGUGUCUGCUGUCUUUUUGUGAAGCUCAUGUUCAGACUCACUUCAAAUCUCCUGCCUACAAGAAACACAAACUGGUUGAGGCCUCUGUGAAUCUCCAGGAGAAGAUCUGUCCUCAUCACGACAAGCUCCUGGAGAUUUUUUGCCGCACUGAUCAGAAAUGUGUCUGUUACUUGUGUGUGAUGGAUGAGCACAGAAGUCACAAGACAGUCUCAGCGACAGCAGAACGAACUGAGAAGCAGAAGCAGUUGGUGGAGACCCAGAGGAAAAACCAGCAGAGAUUCCAGCAGAGAGAGAAGGAUCUGAAAGAGUUAAAACAGAUUAUGGAGUCUUUUAGGCGCUCUGCACAAACAUCAGUAGAGGAAAGUGAGAGGCUGCUUACUGAGCUGAUCCACCCCCUUGAGCAAAGACGCUCUGAGCUGAAAGAGCUGAUCAGAGCUCAGGAAAAGGCAGAACUGAAUCACACUGAAGAACUCGUGAGCAAUGUGGAGCAGGAGAUCGCUGAUCUGAGGAGGAGAGAUGCUGAGCUGGAGCAGCUUUCACACGUAGAUGAUCAUAUCCACUUCCUCCAGAGUUGGGGAUCUCUCUCCAUUCCUCCUGCAUCAGCAGACUUACCCUGGAGCACAAUCAGACCAGACUUCUCCAUAGAGGAACUGAGGAACGCUCUCUCGGGGGUGAAGGAACAAGUGGAAAUGUUCUGUAAGCUGGAGCUAGCAACUCUGGAUGGAAACACAGCACAUAAGCAGGUAAGUGUGUCUGAAGGGAACAGAGGAGUAACAGUGAUUGGUCAGAUGCAGAGCUGUCCUGAUCAUCCACACAGAUUUGAGCAGGUGGAGUAA